AUGUCCCAGCUCGUCCUCCUCCGCCGCAUCUCGGCCCGCCUCCACUGCGUGGGCCACAGCAGCAGAAGCAGCGGCAACCGCCUCCUCAGCUCGGCCGCCGCCGGGGCAGGCGGCGUGGUGGGGCGGAGGGGCCCGUACCAGCAGCAGCAGCAGCAGCAGGGUGAGGAGACCAGGGCAGUGAAGGUGUCCGUGUGGUGGGACUUCGAGAACUGCAACAUCCCCAACGGCGUCAGCGCCUGCCGCGUCGCCCCGCGCGUCACCGCCGCGCUCCGCUCCGCCGGCAUCCGCGGCCCGCUCUCCAUCACCGCCUUCGGCGACGUGAUCCAGCUCGCGCGCUCCUCCCAGGAGGACCUCGUCACCACCGGCGUCUCCAUCUCCCACGUCCCGCACAGUGGAAAGAAUAGUUCUGACCGAUCAUUUAUGGCUGAUCUUGUCUACUGGAUCGCACAGAACCCUCCACCAGCCCAUUUUUUCCUGAUAUCUGGGGAUAAAGAUUUUGCAAACAUUUUGCAUCGUCUGCGAAUGAGCAACUAUAACAUACUGCUUGCUUGUCCUAACAAGGUUACCAGUGCAUUGUGUAGCGCAGCAACAAUCAUGUGGCCUUGGGAAGCUCUAGUGAAAGGGGAGGAUUUCUCACCGAAACGUUUUAACCACCCACCUGAUGGUUUAGCUGGUUCUUGGUAUGGUCACUACAAAGGAGUCCUUGAUGAUCCAUUUACAGACACAGAAUCUGAAGAACUCUUUGUAGUACCAUCUGAUUUGAAGCAUGGUUCAAUCCCCAAUUACGCAGUUAAUGGGAUCAAGGAGGUACUAAAAUCAUAUCCUAGUGGAGUGAAUUUGUCAGAGCUCCGAGCAGAGCUUAAAAGGAAAAAUAUUUAUCUGGGUAAUGACUUUUUUGGCCAUAAGAAGUUCUCUUGCCUUCUCCAAUCUAUGCCAAAUCUGGUGGAAUUUAUUAAUCCUUCACCUGGUGAAAACCAGCCAUUUGUAAUUGGGGCCAACAGAAAAUUAAUGGAUCCUGACAAAGAAAGCUGUAAGGGUUCCGUUGAAAGUAAUGUCAGGAAUAAUAACUUGAAUCGAGCAACACACAAUGAUAAGUCACCUCCACUCCCUGUGUCAACUUCUUUUUCUGAAAAGAAUGCUAAAACCGAUAAUUCUUCUCAAAGUAUUGCCAAGAGGAGAAGCUUCCUGGAGACUGUAAACGAGAACCCACCUACAUUUGCAAUCUCAUCAUCCCAAUCAGAUGUGUUACCUGAGGAUCAAAAGGAGCACCCAACUGCCAAGUUGAAUGCACAGACAGAAUCACCAGAGCACCCAACUGCCAAGUUGAAUGCACAGACAGAAUCACCAGAGCACCACAAGGAAGUUGAUGCUAGGGCUGCCUCUGGAAUUCCCUCUUGCUCAGGGGUGGAAGACAGUGUUAAGAAAGAUGGGCUAUUCAAAAGGAUCCGGCUAUUGUGGAAUGGCCCAGAAAGUGCCAAGUAUGAAGUUCCCCAUCUUGAAAGCACUUCCACUGUAGUGGUUGAUAAUGGGCAGUCUCCUCAGCAAGAACAAAACGCUGGUAAGCACCAUAGACUUUUGAAGAGAAUCCAUAAGGAAUCUUGUGGAAAUGAAAGCUUAGAUGUAGCUGAUAACAUGGCAACAGGCAAUGAUGUGCCAGCUUCAUCUGAUGAUGACCGCUCUAAAAUGCUAAAGCAUGGGGAUGAUAUGGCAUCAUUAGAUAGGGAUACAUCAAACUCAGAGCCAUGUGACAGGUCUGCAUCUGUUUCUUUGGAGAAAGCUGGGGAAAGAGAUGGUACUUCCAAAACAGGUAAGGGGUUAUUUAGCUGGGUAACAGGGUGGAUGAAAUUUGGAAAAUCAGAUGCUGAUAAUGUUACAACCAAUAGAAAUGUUAUUGAUGAAGCAAGCGCAGGAUCAAUUGGAGGGCAUGAGUCCUUAAAGGCUUCAGCUUGUGGAAGUGGGCAACAGGAGGUUCAUGAAAUAUUCACAAAGUCUUACUUCUGGGAUGUUUUGCAGCAGCAAAUAUCAAAACCCCUUGGUUCUGAGCUUGUUUCAAAAGCAAAAACAAGGGAGGAGUUAGCGCAUCAAUUGCAAAAAUUAGAUUGUUGGCCUCUAAAAGGCCUAGCUGAGAAAGAUCUCCAUCAGCUGGUAAAUUUGUUAGUUUCUGAGAAGAAAUGGGUUGAAGAAACUCCUUCCAGGAAUUUUCCGUUUCAUCUUACCCUCCCUCACAAGAGAACAUGCAUUCCAUCGAACUCCAGGAAGUUUGAUGGUCUCAGUACUCUUUUUUCCAACGGAAAGCGACUACAGCCGGGCAAACAUGUUAGUGAUAAAAGCACAAACAGUUCUCUCAUGAGGGAGGAAACUUUGACUGACUGUCACAAGCUGUUAAAGGACCUUCUUCUGGAAUAUGAAUAUGGAUUUAACAUCAGCAUUUUCAAGCUUCGUUUUGCUCAGAAGUAUGGAUAUGAGCUAGACCCUCAAAAGCUUGGAUAUCCAGACCUUAAGUCACUGGUACAGAUUAUGCCUGGUGUAAGAGUGAAAUUUCCAAGGGUUCUACCUGCAGAAAAUGGAAAUGGCCAAGCUGGCAAAAAGGGCAAUGGAGACCAAAGUAACGGUGAUGACUUUGUUUGGGAGGAACUUGGUCCUGUAUCUGCCACCGCUGAAACUGUUGAAGGGGCUGACAAAGAAAUGUGCUACCGUCCUCCUACACUUUCAGAUGAUGAUUUUUCAGAUAACGAGAACCAUGCAGACCAACAGCCUAGAAGAGGGACUGAGACAAGCUCGCUCCUCCAAAUUAUUGAUUCCUGGCACAAUAGCAAGGAUGUUUCUUGCAGAAAAACUCAAGACAUUGAUGGGCUUGUUGAUUGUUCAAGGAGUGACCAUGGCAAUGCUGACAACCUGACUGGAGGAGAUGCACCGAGGCCUACAAGGCCACCGCAUAAACAGUAUUCUUUUGUGUCGGACUCGGAAGAACAUAAAGAGAAGGAUAAGCUGGUUGAAAGCGUCUUGGGCAGCCUGCAGAAAGCACGGACAUCAAAGUUGCACAACUGAAAUCUGUUAUAUGCAUCAGUGCUGACUUGGCGACUUGCUGCUUUCAUCCCCAAAUUGCAGCAGUUAGGCUGGUAACUUUCUGAAAGCACAAGUGCUCCUUGUUUGGAUCAGUCAUACAUCAAACAAAGUGGCACUCUUAUGGUUAUCUGUCUACUCAAACCGGAGGCUCAGCAGCUAUAUAUCGGAAGGAUCAUCCAACAAAGUAGCAUUUUUUUUUCAAUUGAAGAGGGCACGUUUAUGAUGUCAUAUGAUUAACUGGUACAUUGACUAGAGUUCAGUUAGAGGAAUUUUGAAACCUGAACGCUUGAGCUUCGUAACCAAGAGCGACCAUUUACUCUUCUGAGGGCACAUGAAAAUAUGAGAAUAAAAUGGAUUAGUGCGGUUCAUUUUUGAAACUUUCUUCACAGAUUGAUGCAAAUAACCAGUUUCUGGUUUCUUUGAUGCCAAAUAUUGUUCUCCUUUUAUAUGUGUUAAUGGUUAUAGCAUAUAAAUUAUUUUUUCCCACGUUUCACCGCGCCCAGUGGAGGCUGUAAAAAUCUUUAAACUCUAGAAGGUGCAGUAGUUGGAAUGGAAUGUGCAGUUGUGCUCUAAGAUUCGUGCAACUCACACGUACGCCCAGUGUAUCAAUGGUU